CCAGAGCACAGUACGUAGCCUAUACUACAUACCAAUAAGGUUUCACAUUUCUGAUAAACUGAUGCCGUGAUUACACAUAAACUGACUGCUGAAGGCCCGCUGAUGAAAUAAUCAAAUCCAGACCUAACGGCGGCUACCCCCGUGUGAAGAUUCACACGUCUGGGUGAGUGCAGCUGUUGUCGACUGAAGUGGGAGUGAAACUUACUUCCUUGAGACAAAAUAUCGACAAUCAAGCCACCUACCAGCCAUUUUGAUAGCGUAUCGAAGUGGUGUGGUUUAUUUUUUCCCCGCCUGCCACUGCCCCAAACUGCAAACCUGUUGAAUAUUCUAACCACUUUGAGUCUGACUUUCAUGACGGUACGAGCUACUGCUACUAGUACUUCUGGUCCCGAGUGGAGUCAAUUGUUGAGCCCGGGGGUAUGUAGCUAUUUGCAUUGACUUCAAUAUGAUACUGCUGUAUGAAUAAGACUUGGGUGUCUGAUACGUUUAUUUGAAUGUAGCUCAGAUAGUCUAGUAAAACGCAAAACUUUAUAAAUGAGCAUUACUUUGACAUCAAACGCUGUAGACUUUGCUACGAAACGUGGUACAUAAUAACUAGUGCUACUAGCUAGCUAGCCAAGUUUACGUUGUGUCAGUACUAGCGUUGGGAAAAACUUGGAAUCUGUUUUGGGGGAAGGACGGGUUGGUUUAGGAGCAGAAUGUGUGGGAACUAACAACAGAGAAGAGGUUGGGUUGUUCUUUAAAAAGGAACACUUGGGAAACGAUUUCAUGUUCCGUUGAGUGUUGUUAGAGCUACCAACGCUAUAGCUAGACUACGGUAUUUCGCGAAAGGAAUGUUUUCUCAUGUUAUUUGCGCCACCUGGAUCUCCACUGCCAUGUGAAUCUGACUGUCUCCUCUACGAAUUACAUGGUAGGCUUGCUUGAAGAUGAUCAAGGUUUAGCUACUAGCUACUGAACACCAAGUCUGUGCCCGAAACUUUUGCUGCUACCUUUCUUAAGUCACUGCAGUAUGUGAGUCUUGAUGCUGUCUGAACUAAUCUUUAAUUUGAUUUAUUUAAAGCAGUCUUUCAGUCCCCAUUUCUUUGAAAAUUCUUAGUAGCAGUAGCAGGUAGUAACAUCAUGAACAUGCAGCCUGAGGGAACCAAAAGUGGGGUGUGUGGUCAAAGCCUACUGUUUCAGUCUCUGAAGAUAUAUUUGAACAAGAAGAACAGAUUGCAGCCCAUAAUCGGUCUGAGCUGUGUAACAGAGUGUGUGAAAGCAGGUGUCAGGGAGGCUCUGUACCUGUGCGAGGUGUGUGUGUGUCGGCUCACUAAAGACGACAUUAAGAAUCACAUCAUGGGCAGUCUUCACAGGUAUAACUACAUUAGGGCUUAUCACCCACGUUUAGUAUCUGAGUGGAAAGUGAGUGGUGACCUGGCCAAGCUGGCGAGGCCUCUCAUGGAGGUUGCUGAGACGGUGGAAGGAAAAGAGGGCACCGGAGAUGUGCAGGUGAUAGAGUUGAAUGCAGCAACGUACGAAGAGAUGGCGUCCCACAGUGAGAGCCAUGCUCUCACCGUUCUGCAAGCCGUCAAAAAUGGUCGUGGUCAGACAGAGCUCCAGAGCCAAAUGCACGCUCUCACAGAAUAUCCCUACAUCCAAUCUCAGAGGGUCGUUAUUCCGCCAAAGAAGGAAACGAGCCCUCCUAAAGUCCUGUCACAGGAGACAGCUGUCCAUUUUGACAGUCGCUCCAUUCUAAUGAACAUCUCUGUCAAGUCAGAACCUGACUUGUUGGCUGCCACAGUUCAAUCAAAGAACAUCAAAGAUGAUCUCCACGCUUUUACAGGCAUCAAACCGUUGAUUGGUCUGAAAUGUGUUGUGGAGUGCAGAAGUGAGAAGGAAGGCCCUCCUCACUGUUUCCUGUGUCAGUGCUGUGAUGUGAAGGCCACUAAUGAUGACAUAGUAGAUCACCUGACCAACCCUUCCCACCACUUCAACUACAUGAUCAAAUAUCACGCAGAAUAUUUGGAGGGAAUGAAGGCAGGGCCAAAUGGCCUCAAACAAUAUCUCCAAUGUGCUGCCAGAAAACUGGAGAUAAAGGAAGGGAGGGACAAAGUACAGGUGAUGAGAUUGCCAUCCUCCCUGGGUAGCCAGAUGGCUGUGAACAGCUACCAGUGGUGCGUAGAGAUGUUGAAGUACGGAUAUCAUGAGGUGACACAGUCAGUCAUCAACACAGAAGAAAGGACAGAAAUACCAAAAACGGGUCACAAUGCAACAAAGGGCACAGAGCAAAGCGUGUCGCUGAAGCGCCACGCAUCCGGGUCGCGGCGUGAUUUUGGUAAGGUCACAGGAGUUGAGAAGGCGGGGCCAAAGACCAUUCGGGUGAAGUCAAAACGCCGUAAGCAAGUGUUUAAGGUAAGCCUGUCUUUGAUGGAUGGCCCGCUUGUGCUGGAGAGGACAUCCUUCAGUCGAGACAACUCCCCGACUACACUGUCGCCGGACACCUUUGUUGGACCCAUCACCUUCCUCCCUGCCCAAACCAAGAACUUCACCUCAGACAUGGAUUCUGAUCCAACACUGCCCUCUAGUGGCCAACCUGGACCCUCAUACCUGCACCCAGCUCCACUGAGCCACCCCCACUUCUCUACUAGAGACCAAGACACGAGAAAGUAUAGAAAGGCCACUACCAAUCAAUAUGACAGUUACUACAAAAACUCUUGUGCGACUGUGAGCACUGACACUGAUGGUUACAGUGUCUAUGAAGAUGAGGUGGAGAGUUCUGUCGGCACCCCGUACCUGGAUGAGAGGCAGGAGAACAACAUGUCUGCCUGGGUGCAGGAAGUAGGAAAGGCCUACGGCAGACGCUGUAACAUGACAGAGGAGCCAACUGACAGUCAGUUGGAUACGGGGGUUGGGUUGAUUGUGGAGGUGGUUAGUGGGCAAGGAGACGAGGGGAACACUGACUCUAUCCAGUAUCACCCCUCCGACCAGUAUCACCCCUCCGAGCAGCAUCACCCCUCCGACCAGCAUCACCUCUCCGACCAGUAUCACCCCUCCGACCAGUAUCACCCCUCCGACCAGCAUCACCUCUCCGACCAGUAUCACCCCUCCGACCAGUAUCACCCCUCCGACCAGUAUCACCUCUCCGACCAGUAUCAUCCCUCCAACCAGUAUCACCCCUCCGACCAGUAUCACCCCUCCGACCAGUAUCACCCCUCCGACCAGUUUCACCCCUCCGACCAGUAUCACCCCUCUGACCAGUUUCACCCCUCCGACCAGUUUCACCCCUCCGACCAGUAUCACCCCUCCGACCAGAACCCUCCCUGCGACCAGCAUCACCCCUCCGACCAGUAUCACCCCUCUAGUGGGUACUACCACUCUACCCAGUAUUACCAGUGACGGCCUCCCCAGCAGAACCACACAGCCCCAGGAAUACAUCCCAUCACAGGGCAUCACCAGCAUGAUCACAGGCCUUACUUUAGUACAGACCCAGGGGCUUGGAAACCCAGUCUGGACCUUGGGUAUAGUAGGGAUGCUCUCAGGAAUCUUUGUGAGUUCCUGCAAUCAACAGGUCCUUAUAACAUGUUCUUUUGUUGUGUUUUAACAUUAGUUGUGUUGUCAUUUAAUUUCUUUGACUGACUUCAUCAACAGAUGAUCAUCUUUAGUCUGCACAUGAUAUAAAGAGAAGAUGCAGAAUGAUGGAUGAACACCUUUUUUUUUUAUGUUUACAGAUUUACUUUUUCUGAAAUAUGUUUUGCUUUACACAAAAGGAUAAUUGGAUCCUAAAAGUAUUUACGAAAACCAAAAUGUGUUUUGUAAUUGUUGGAGAAAUGUCAUGUCAAUUCAUUCGUUUAUCUGUUUACCCGUUUUAUCCAAACACAUAUCCUACCAUUAAUGUUAUUAAAUGGCUCGAUUUAUUUACAAAGUUACGGUUUGUCUAAGAUGAAUACGGUUUGUGCUGAUUCAGACUUCUUGUUUUGAGAUUGGCGACUGGAUAUUUUGAACCACAAGACUUAAUUCUUGUUUAUUCUGGGGGGAGGGGGUUCUUUUUUGCUUGAAAAGCAGGGAGAAAGUAUUUGUACUUUUAAAAUAGACAAUCUGUUAAAAUACUUAUGUUAAGCUCCUUGAGACAAUCUUUAGGUUUGUUUAUUUGUUGAUUUCUCGAGCCUCUUUUCUAAACCUACAGCUGUCAGUUUGGGUUUCGUAAAAUGAGUUUCCAACGAAAAAAUAUAGCAUAUUAAUUCAGUACUAGUUCAAAUCUGUGUAUGUUGUGUGUGCCAAGUCACAGAUGGAACCAAGCUGAAUUCCACUUGUUAUAUCAGUUUCCACUCGAAAAAAAAUCUAAAUCUUUGCCAUAUCUGAUUGCCUCCUGUUUAUUUUUGUGCAAAUAAAUGUUUCUCAUAGAA